AUGUGUCAUGCAUGCAGAGGGUCAAAUGACACUGCGCGUGCGCUGUGUGAGUCCCCCUCGUGUGAGCGCGCCAAACUGCUAGAGAGCAGUGCACUAAUCUACCGCGUGCGUUUACACCCAACCCGUAGGCUACUGUUGUUGGUAUAUUUGUUAAAGAUGCCGUCAAAUGUAGAGAUUAAAGCAGUUGUGCGUGAUUUGCGUCACCUUACGCAGCGUGCACAGGAGCUGAGCGGAACAGACGGAACUGUGAUUGGUCAGCAGGACACGUUUUUCAAAGUGCCUGCAGGACGGUUGAAGCUCAGAGACUUCCAGGAUGGGACAGGACAACUGAUAUUUUAUGAAAGGGCUGACACAGAAGGACCAAAGCUGUCAAACUACUCCAUAACCCCUACCAACGACCCACAGGGACUUGUCAAAGCUCUGACGGAUGCGUUGGGACAAGUGGGGCAGGUGAAGAAGAAGAGGAUUUUGUAUAUGGUGGGGCAGACCAGGGUGCAUGUUGAUUCUGUGGAAGGCCUGGGAGAUUUCAUGGAGCUGGAGGUGGUGAUGGAAGAACAUCAAACCACAGAAGAAGGCGUGACCAUUGCAAAUCAACUGAUGCUAGACCUGGGAGUAAAAGAAGAUGAUCUGAUCGAGGGUGCCUACAUGGAUCUCUUGCUUAAAAAACAGCAAAAGGGACAUGCGCUGUAACUCUGGAUAAGCACUUGAAGCAUUUUGUCAAUGAUAGACUGGUUAGCUCCCAUAGUGGCUCCGGCUAUGUUUGAGACCAUUUUUUUGACAUCAAAGUAUUAAAUGUCUAUGUAAAUUUUUGCUGUAGUCCGUCAUACCUCUUGUAAUGCUUUAUGGAUAAAUAGAAUGAUCAAUAGAAUAAACAAUGUACUGACAUUG